AUGCCUGUACUAUGUUGCUAUGCAAAACGACGUCGUGCAAGAGCAGCAGCCAAAUCACAAGAUCAAUGCAGACAAGGCACGAGAUUGGCAAAAUUAGACGAGUUGGAAAGUUUGACACCGCUAAUGGUGAUGUCAAGUGGUGACAACCAAACACAAUCUUCGCGUUGUUAUCGCAUCUCCGCAACCACUUCACGAAGUCCACCACCGCCAAGGUGCCUGACCAGUGGAAAAACAAUGAUCGUUCCAUUGAAUUCCGGAAAAGGAUGCGCGCUAUUUGCACCAUUGCUUGCUACACCUGAUAGUAAAGUUGCAUCAUUCGAGAAUGGUACUACGAAAACAAUAGCGGAAGAUAAUGACAGUGUGCCGAUAUUCUCAAAUCUGGAUAAAUUUGAUGCUGAUUUUAUUUCCAUUGAUCGAACUACUGCAUCGUAUUUGGAACCGAGACAGCAAAGAUUUCAGCAAUGUCAGUGCGGUAUAUCGAAGCAGGAUAAAGCUCCCAACUUUGAGUUACCAAUUCCGAGUUACGCGCCACCACCAUUACCCCUACUUUUAGUUCGUUCACCACGGCUCAAUCUAAGAAAAGAAUUACCAUUGGUUAUUGAAGCCAACAACGGUGAUCUCGAUAAUGAUAAUGUGAAGACAAAUAAAAGCCCAAGCAUCAAUUCAGUGAACUCUCUUGGAAGCCCGCAAGAGUCAUCGUUCAGCAUGGGGUCGCCACUGGACACAAGUGCUUCCAUUAGUGACAGUUUUUGCGUCGCUGGUGAAGGAGAGAUGAAUUCGGGAGGGAAAGGACGAGUUUCCUGUUUUGAAACAGGAUUUCAGCAACGAAUUGAUAGAGAAAUUUAUGGAUAUUCUCCAGAACUAGACUACUCAAUAUCUGAACCAGAUUCACAGCAGAAAUAUAUUCUUCAUCGGAUAGAAGAAGAAUCAGAGCAAAAUGGAGAUGUGGAGACAGUUGGCAUGGUGACAAGUCAAACGCUUGAUUCGAUCAAAUCAAACUUUUCACAUUCAAAUCAAGCAGAUUCGGAAUAUAACAUUAUUAUUCCCCAUUCUAUUUCUCAGCAGGUAAAACUUGGAGUUCUGUCCUUCUCCAGCGAUUAG